AUGACAAAAUUCACCACGACAACCCCACCCGCCCCCGCAGCUGCAUCUGCUUCUGCAAUUCCCAAACAUCACACGGGGCCCGAUGCAGACCUUAGUAUACAGCAGAAGGCGGGGCACGAGCAUCCGAAAGAGAAACAAAGCUUGAAGGGAAAGGCUACGAAGCCGAAGCUACGUCUCCACGCCGAAGAACUUCGUCACCCAUCAUCCGUCUCGUUCUUCACUCUCGUUCCCGAUGUCACCUCGAAGCUAGACACGGCCCUCGACAACAUCAUCAGAUACCUCUACACCUCGCCGGCGACAAAAUCCGAAGACAUAGAAAGAAGCAAAAAGAGAACUUGGCCUUCAUUCAACCCUUCCGUACCCCCAACGCGCUCUGUCACCCUCUUCCUCCGUGAUUUCAGUGGUGUCGCGUACACAACCGGCACCGAGCUCGACAAUGACCAUAAGGAAAUUCACCUCUCCCUACCGUACAUCAAACAUUGUACUACCCUCGCAGAUCCGGUUCGAGAAUUAGCCGGUGUGCUCACCCAUGAGCUUGUGCAUUGCUACCAGCAUACGGCACCACCCAAGACUGACGAUGAGCCCGAAACAAAGAUCCCUCACCCGCCAGGAGGUCUGAUUGAAGGCAUUGCGGACUUUGUCCGGUUGAAGGCACACUUGGAUCCUCCGCAUUGGAAGAAGCCCCAGUCCGCUUCAGAGCGGGCUUCUAAAUGGGAUGCUGGAUACCAGCACACUGCGUACUUCUUGGCCUGGAUUGAGGAUGUCUGGGUGGGUGAGGGGGCGAUUGGUAUGCUGAAUGACCGGCUGUUAAGAGUAGGGUAUGUUGGAGAGGAUAAGGAGAAGUCGUUGGCCGGUGAAAUUGGAUUCUGGAGGGGACUUUUUGGGAUGGAGGUUGCUGAGCUGUGGGCGAAGUAUGGCCAAUUUCUUGACAGUGAUGGUGGGAAAUAA